AUGAAGAGUCAUCGCUCCCUGAGGAUUGUCAUUAAGCUCGGGACUAGCUCUAUCGUGGAUGAGAAGACAUAUGAGCCAAUUUUGUCCAUCCUGACCCUGAUCGUCGAGACAGCCGUAAAGUUACGGAAAGAUGGCCAUAAGGUCAUCAUUGUCUCGUCCGGCGCCAUCGGCGUUGGUCUCCAGAGGAUGGAUGCUGAAAAGAGGCCGAAGCAUGUGUCAAAACUCCAGGCAUUGGCGGCAAUAGGGCAGUGUCGCCUGAUCAGUUUAUGGGAUAGCCUGUUCAACCACCUCCGGCAGCCGAUCGCGCAGAUUCUGCUCACGAGGAAUGACAUUGCAGACCGGACGAUGUAUCUCAAUGCCCAGAACACGUUCAACGAGCUCCUGGACAUGGGCGUGAUCCCGAUCGUCAACGAGAACGAUACGCUGGCCGUAUCAGAGAUCAAGUUCGGCGACAACGACACACUGUCCGCCAUCACGGCCGCCAUGGUCCACGCCGACCUACUCUUCCUCAUGACAGAUGUUGACUGCCUAUACGACAAGAACCCACGGAUUCACCCUGAUGCCCGGCCAAUCGAGAUCGUCGAAGACAUUGGGGCCCUCGUUGCUGAUGUCUCGACCGCCGGCUCAUCCCUCGGCACCGGCGGCAUGUCCACCAAGAUCGUAGCCGCGCGCCUGGCCACAUCGGCAGGGGUAACGACCGUGAUCACACGGUCCUCCAACCCAGGCAACAUCCUCAAGAUCGUCCAGCACGUGCAGGCGAGCAGGUCUCCGGCGUCGCUGGUGACGCAGAAGAACUCGAACGACGACGACCACAGCAACGUCAACAACAACAACAGCAACAACCACCGCCACACCGGGGACGAACCCCCAUCCCUAUCCGCUUCCACGACCUCGCUGCGCCUCCUCGACCUCGAGAGCAGGGGCGGCGGCGGCGGCCCGGCCCCGCUGCACACGCGGUUCCUCCCGUCGCCGCACCCGAUCCGCGACCGCUCCUUCUGGAUCCUGCACGGGCUCAAGCCGCACGGGACCGUCUACAUCGACGGCGGCGCCCACAAGGCCCUGGUCGGCAAGGCGGGCCUGCUGCCCGUCGGCGUCGUCGACGUCGAGGGCUCGUUUGCGCAGCAGGAGGCCGUCCGCAUCUGCGUGGUUAGCCGGAGGGGGAGGAGGAGGAGGAGGAGAAGGGGGACGGGGCCCACCACCACCACUACUGGCGAGGUGGUGGUCGCCGAGGCCGCCGGAGGGGGCGAGGACGACGACAAUAACAAUGACGGCAGCAGCAGCAGCAACAGCGGUAGGCUAUGGGACGGCCCCGCCGUCGAGGUGGGCCGCGCGCUCGUCAACUACUCGUCCAACGAGAUCGCGCGCAUCAAGGGCCACCAGAGCACCGAGAUCGGGGCGCUGCUGGGCUACGCCGACAGCGAGUACGUCGCGCAGCGGGAGCACGUGUGCUUCUUCAGGCUGGAGAGCAGGCCCGCCACCCCCGUCCGCGAGGUCAUGGACGGCCACGGCAUCGGCGAGUACGAGUCCGGCGCUGGGGCUGCUUUGCUGUGA